GAACAAGACGGGUUCAGGCAGAAAACGCCAGAAAAGCGGUCGGGGCUGGGAUUGGCUGAGGAACCAGUAUAGGUGAACGUGACGCAAUAUUAGCGCGCCGGAAGUGCCCGUCAGUUACUCUCCGCGCCAGUCCGGAGCAUGGCGGGGUUCGCUGAGCUCGGGCUAUCCUCGUGGCUCGUGGAACAAUGUCGGCAGCUAGGGUUGAAGCAGCCCACGCCGGUGCAACUCGGCUGCAUCCCGGCAAUCCUGGAGGGUCGAGAUUGCUUGGGCUGCGCAAAGACAGGAAGUGGCAAGACAGCCGCCUUUGUGCUCCCCAUCUUGCAGAAGCUGUCUGAGGACCCUUACGGCAUCUUCUGCCUGGUCCUGACACCCACCAGGGAGCUGGCCUACCAGAUUGCUGAGCAGUUCCGGGUGCUGGGAAAGCCCCUGGGCCUGAAGGACUGCAUUAUCGUUGGCGGCAUGGACAUGGUGGCCCAGGCGCUGGAACUCUCUCGGAGGCCGCAUGUGGUGAUCGCCACCCCUGGGCGCCUGGCUGACCACCUGCGCAGCUCCAGCACUUUCAGCAUGAAGAAGAUCCGGUUCCUGGUGAUGGACGAGGCGGACCGGCUACUGGAGCAGGGUUGCACCGACUUCACCACAGACCUGGAGACAAUCCUGGCCUCCGUUCCAGCACGCAGGCAAACGCUGCUGUUCAGUGCCACACUGACCGACACACUCAAGGAGCUGCAGGGCCUGGCCACCAACCAGCCCUUCUUCUGGGAGGCGCAGGCCCCGGUGCGCACAGUGGAGCAGCUUGACCAGCACUACCUGCUGGUGCCGGAGAAGGUGAAGGAUGCCUACCUGGUGCACUUGGUCCAGACCUUCCAAGACCAGCUGGAGGACUGCUCCAUUAUCAUCUUCACCAACACCUGCAAGACCUGCCAAAUCCUUUGCAUGAUGCUUCGGAAGUUCAAUUUCCCCACAGUGUCGCUGCACUCCAUGAUGAAGCAGCCCCUGGGUCGGCUCACUAACCCUCCUCCACCUGUGGUACAGAAAGAGCGCUUCGCAGCCCUGGCCAAGUUCAAGUCCAGCGUCUACCGGAUUCUUAUUGCCACUGAUGUGGCCUCGAGGGGCCUGGACAUCCCCACUGUGCAGGUGGUCAUCAACCACAACACCCCUGGGCUCCCCAAGAUCUACAUCCACCGAGUUGGCCGAACAGCUCGUGCAGGGCGGCAGGGACGGGCCAUCACACUGGUGACGCAGUAUGACAUCCACCUGCUGCAUGCCAUCGAGGAGCAGAUCAAGAAGCAGCUGGAGGAGCUGGCGGUGGAGGAGGCCGAGGUCCUGAACAUCCUCACGCAGGUCAACGUGGUGCGCAGAGAGUGCGAGAUCAAACUGGAGGCCUCGCAUUUUGAUGAAAAGAAGGAGAUCAACAAGCGGAAGCAGCUGAUUCUGGAGGGGAAGGACCCGGACCUGGAGGCUAAGCGCAAGGCGGAGCUGGCCAAGAUCAAGCAACAGAACCGCCGUUUCAAGGAGAAGGUGGGGCAGACGCUUCGGCGGCGACAGAAAGCAGGGAGCGCCGGCCGAGGGGUGGGCCUCAGAGGACCUCAGUAAACACUCUGAACCUGUCA